GGGAAUGUGUAGUCGAAAGCGAUAUAAAAUUUCUUACCGGAGCAAAGUUACGUAUUUUCACGUAAUAGAAUGUUUGAAUAAUUCUCGUUCUCCUAAAUUCGUGUGUUUCAAGAAUUUAAUCACUGGGGGAAUUACGUGCAGUUCUUUUUCUAUCGACAACGAAAUCUUAAUCAAAUAGAGAUCAUGGAUGUGUAAAAAGUGUUUACUCUUGGACCAGUUCGAUCUGUUGGAAUUUCCAAAGAUUGUACUUCUUCAAACCUUAAGAUCAAGCAGACGAAAAAAGGAAAGCAACGAGAUACGUGAAAACCAGGUCGCAACCAUGAAAUUUACAAACCCGUUACAACAGUUUAAAAAAUGCAUAAUACUAUUUAUGCUGGGUAUCGUUUGCAGUAUGUUGGCCUAUGUGAUAUAUUUAAUCAACCCAGUAAAAUUGAUAAUAGAAACUAAACUGCAAAUGACGCCGAAUUCACUAAUUUUCGAACUUUGGAAGAAACCUCCCAUCGAAGUCUACCUUAAAGUGUACAUAUUUAACAUCACAAAUGCAGAAGAAUUCCUCAAAGGCGGAAAAAAUUUGAAAGUCAACGAGAUUGGCCCAUAUGUUUAUCAAGAAGUAGUAGAAAACCAAAACGUCACCUGGUUUAAAAACAACACGAUUUCGUAUAUUCCAAAGAGACAGAUACUGUACGUUCCGGAAAUGUCAGUUGGUGAUCCAGAAAAGGACAUGGUUCACGUUCCAAAUAUACCUCUGUUGGGAAUUUCUUCGACACUAUCCGAUUCUGGAUUUUUGGUGAAUUAUCCUUGGAUGAGCCUAGUAAACAUAUUGGAUAGCAAACCGUUAUUACAUCUAACCGUUCAUGAUUAUCUAUGGGGCUAUGAAGACGCUUUAAUUCACUUCGCAAGUGGAGUCGUGCCAAAUUUCAUUGACUUCCAGAAAUUUGGACUGCUCGAUAGGAUGUAUGACGAAGGAGAAAACAUCGUGUUCAUGAAUGUUGGGAAAAAUAAGAAUAUGACUGACGAAGAAGGACGUUAUUUGAGUAUCGAAUCGUACAACGGCAGUCCAGGAAUGUCACAAUGGGGAUAUAAAGAAGAAGAAGGAAAUGAGACACAUCCAGAAAAUACUAUUUGUAAUCGUAUUAAAGGAAGCAGCGAAGGAGAAUUAUUCCCAACAAAUAUAGACAAACACGCUGUAUUCAGAAUAUUCAGGAAAGCGUUCUGUAGAUCGAUACCAAUUGUUUUUAGGAAGGAAGUAGUUGCAGAUAACGGUAUAGAUGGUUAUCUCUACAGCAUGUCGGACGAUUUUUUAGAUCCUCCUGAACUGAAUCCAGAUAAUGCCUGUUAUUGCCGGAAGAAAGGAAAGUGUCUAAAGAAGGGACUUUCUGACAUGACACCGUGUUAUUACAGUAUUCCUGCAGCAAUGUCGUUGCCACAUUUCAUUUACGCCGAUCCCAGUUUAUAUGACAAAGUAGAGGGUCUUAAACCAGAUCCCGAAAAACACAUUGCAAAGAUCAUUGUGCAACCGGCACUCGGUAUUCCGCUAUCCGUUAACUCGAGAAUACAAAUCAAUCUCGUUAUGAGUCAUAUUUCCUACAAUCGUAGGCUAACUGCAUUUAAUGAUAUGACAAUACCACUAUUCUGGAGUGACCUGGUAAUACCUCCGUUAAAAAAUGACCUGCUGUUUCUGGUAAAGCUGAUCCUUCAAAUACUCCCAAUAACACAAAUGGUGAUAAUGUGCUUGCUGGCUAUAGCAGGGGUAACAAUGUUCUUGUUAUCGAUACCAGCCAUGUUGUGGACCAUCAACCAGCAACAAGAAUCACUUCCGUCAGAGAGAAGAGAUAGCUGCGAUUUACGAAUACCAUUAAACUACGGCCAGUACACAACAAUACAUAUUUUGCCAGCCAUCAAGAAAAUAACAUCUAAAACGGAUUUGUUUAGCUAACCAAGUAUUUUAAAAGUAUUUACAAAGCUCAAAUAUCUUUAAUGGAAAGAAAGAAAACACUUUAAUAGGACAAAAAGAAAAGAUAAAUAAGAACUUUUUCACUUGUUAGAAUAUAGUAUUCUUCUUUUUCGUAAGAAGAAAAUGCACCGGCGCACUCUACUACUUGACUCAGAAUACGGAAAAAGGUAUUUUACGUUACGGUACACAUUCAGGGUUUUGCGCUAAAAAUAUUCCUUGUGGAUCGAUAUAGUUCUAUUAGAACCAUAAUAAUUGUUGUUGAAUGCUUUAAUUCUUUUUCGACACUAAUUAAUUUUCCUUACUUCUAUUUUAUGUACUAGAAAAUAAAUUUGAUAUUUCAUUACGUGCAAUUAAGUGUAAAAAUAAUAUUACAAUAAGUAACAUCAUAAUCACGUUUUUUAUGGCUUACAUAUAUAAAC